AUGGACACAGCGGCGCUCCGGGCUCUGCCCCGCCUGUGCGCGCUCUGGGCCGCCCUGCUGGCCCUCUUCCCCUGCGGAGGCCACGGAAACUGGAUGUGGUUGGGCAUCGCCUCUUUCGGGGUUCCGGAGAAGCUGGGCUGCGCCAACUUGCCUCUGAACAGCCGCCAGAAGGAGCUGUGCAAGAGGAAGCCGUACCUGCUCCCCAGCAUCCGCGAGGGCGCUCGGCUGGGCAUUCAGGAGUGCAGGAGCCAGUUCAGACACGAGAGGUGGAACUGCACGGUGGCCACCGCAACCACCCCGGCCCAGCUGGGCACCGGCCCGCUCUUUGGCUACGAGCUCAACAGCGGCACCAAGGAGACAGCCUUUAUUUAUGCUGUGAUGGCUGCAGGCCUUGUGCACUCUGUGACCAGGUCCUGUAGUGCAGGCAACAUGACCGAGUGCUCCUGUGACACCACCUUGCAGACUGGAGGCUCAGCCAGUGAGGGCUGGCACUGGGGGGGCUGCUCCGAUGAUGUCCAAUAUGGCAUGUGGUUCAGCAAAAAGUUCCUCGAUCUUCCCAUCAGAAAUGCCACAGGAAAAGACAGCAAAAUACUGCAAGCGAUGAACCUCCAUAAUAAUGAAGCUGGGAGACAGGCUGUGGCCAAGUUGAUGUCAGUCGAUUGCCGCUGCCACGGAGUUUCCGGCUCCUGCGCUGUGAAAACAUGCUGGAAAACGAUGUCUUCUUUUGAGAAGAUUGGCCACUUGUUAAAGGACAAAUACGAAAACAGCAUCCAAAUAUCAGACAAAACAAGGAGGAAAAUGCGCAGGAGAGAAAAAGACCAGAGGAAAAUCCCAAUCCACGAGGAUGACCUGCUCUAUGUUCAUAAAUCUCCCAACUACUGCGUGGAGGAUAAAAAACUGGGGAUUCCAGGAACACAGGGCAGAGAAUGCAACCGCACCUCGGAGGGUGCGGAUGGCUGCAACCUUCUCUGCUGCGGCCGAGGCUACAACACCCACGUGGUCAGGCACGUGGAGAGGUGCGAGUGUAAAUUUAUCUGGUGCUGCUAUGUCCGCUGCCGGAAGUGUGAAAGCAUGACUGAUGUGCACACUUGUAAAUGACCCUGCCUCCAGCC